CGACCUCUGAUCAGUCUGGACUUUGGAGCUUCAGCUUGUUUGCAGAUUUCACACAGAACACAGACGAGUAGUCAUGAUGAAGGGCUCUCCUCCUCCUGCUCCUCCUGUUCCUCCGCUUCUUCUUACUCUCGUUCUCCUCUUCCUCCUCCAUCCCAACGCUCCAGCUGAUGGCGGCCAUGUUCUGGUGUUCCCAGGCGAGUACAGCCACUGGUUGAACAUGCGGAGCAUCAUGGAAGAGCUAGUGAGGAGGAACCACUCUGUCACCAUUUUAGUUUCAGACGCCUCGCCAUCAGUCGACUACAACAACCGCCGCGAUGCAGCCAAGUUCAACUUCCUGGUUUACAAGGUCCCAUUCAGCAGAGCCGAGUUUCACAGCCUCACAAAGGACUUCAUCCACUUCUCUAUGUACGAGUCUCAUGUCUCGUCUUCGCUGCAGAACUUUCUGAAGGUUGUUGAUUUCAUGCGCCGGUCGCUCGUCUUCGGGAAGCAGCAGUGUGACUCCAUGUUGAAGAGCGAGCAGCUGAUGGCGACUCUGAGGACUGCCGCAUUUGACGCCGUCCUGCUGGACCCGAUGGUGAUGUGUGGCGACCUGGUGGCUGAUGUGCUCAGCCUGCCGCUCAUCAUCUCGCUGCGCUUCUCAUUCGGCAGCGUCCUGGAGCGGCAUUGCGGCCACGCGCCAGCGCCGCCCUCCUACGUCCCGGUGGCUCCGCUACCAUACAGCGACCGCAUGACAUUUGGGGAGAGGCUGAUCAACACCAUGACAUACAUGAUGGUGUCAGCAGUGUCUGAGCUGUUCAUGGGACUGAUUGAUAACUACUACAGCGAAGUCAAAGGAAGUCCCAGCAGCAUCUGCAGGACUCUGGGGAAUGCCGACAUUUGGCUCAUCAGGACCUUCUGGGACCUGGAGACGCCGCGACCGACCCCGCCCAACUUCAAACAUGUGGGCGGUCUGCAAUGUAAACCAGCCAAUCAGCUGCCAGAGGACCUGGAGGCGUUUGUGCAGAGUUCGGGUGAUGCCGGUGUGGUGGUGGUUUCCUUCGGCUCCAUGGUAACCAACCUGACGACAGAGCGUGCUGAUGUCAUCGCUGCUGCCUUGGGACGAAUUCCACAGAAGGUCAUUUGGAGGUUCAGAGGAGAAACUCCGAAGACACUGUCAGCAAACACUGAGCUGUUUGAUUGGAUCCCUCAGAACGACCUGCUGGGUCACCCGAAGACGAGAGCGUUCGUGACACACGGCGGCACCAAUGGUCUGUAUGAAGCUGUGUAUCACGCCGUGCCGCUGGUUGGAGUCCCACUGUUCGCAGAUCAGCCCAAUAAUCUCGCCCAUUUCAGCCGCCGCGGCGCUGCCAUCGUCCUGGACUUCAACCACCUGACAUCUGACAAGCUGACAGAGGCGCUGCAUGCUGUCAUCAACGAGCCGAGGUCCAGCAUGCAGCAUCUGUCAGUGCUGCACCACGACCGCGCGGUGGCGCCGCUGAGCACUGCUGUCUUCUGGGUGGAGUUUGUGAUGCGACACGGCGGAGCGCGACACCUGCGGCUGGCGUCACAUGACCUGAACUGGUUCCAGUAUCACAGCGUGGACACCUUUGCCGCCCUGCUGGUCACUAUGACGACUGCUGCCGUCAUCUGCUGGGAGGGCGUCUGGUGCUUCCUGCACCACUGCAGCAGACAUCGAAUCAGAGAAAAGAACGACUGACAACACAUUUUCACGUUUCAAUAAUAAAAUGAAUCAAUAAUCGAAGAAGAUUGAACUGAAUUUUAAUUUUGUUCAUUUAAAUAAAGUUUAAAGAUUGUAUUUAAAAUAAAA